UGGUUUCUACUGGGACUUUUUCUGUAAGUUCGAAUGGCCUUGUUCUACUUUUCAAAAGAAAGGAGUGACUGAAAUGUUUAAUCCUUAUUGUUCAAAAAAUCCUCACUACUUUUAGAGAAUAAUACUUUGCGUAGUAGAAAUUUUGGUGGUUUCUUAGGUAACAACGACUCAGAGGUGUAUUGGGGACGUGAUAUCCGGAUGGCCGUCGACUAUAGGGCAUAUGUACUGCUCAGCAGUCAGCUCUCUCCUCCUUUAGGGCUGUGAGACAUGGCAAUUGAAAGAUGAAGACAUGAAAAGGCUAGUUGUCUUUGAUCAUGGGUUGUCUGCACCCUGUCUCUCCUGUUUGGUGAUACGAUAGGGUGAGUAUUAUUGAGUUUAAGCGUUGAGUAUCAGGUAAGGAGGGAAAGUCAAUUGAUGAAGUUGUGAAGCUACAUCGACUGAGAUGGUUAGGACAUGUAUUACAUAUGCCUAGGCAUUGUUAGGUGGUAUAGGACGGAUCAAGUUGGGGAAGAGUGAUUGUUGGUCAAAAAAACAUGGCUUCAUCAGUCAAUGAAAUCCACAACAGUUAGUCUGAGCCAGCCAGUUACGUGGGGAGGUGUAGACUACCUGGCUGGUUGGUAAGAAACAAUGAAGGCUGGAGACAAUUGGUGAUAUGGCUCAAAAUCGUCGUUCCCAAUGGCUGGUACAGAUGCAUGAUUUAUUAUAUCCAAUAAAACUCCAUCAUUUUCCCAUGUUAGUAUUCUUUUUGCUUCUCAUUUCUGUUUAUUAUCUCUCCAUCUUUUGAAUCUCUCUUUACUCCCUUUUAUUUGGCUUUGUGUGCUACAUGGUGGGAGAGUGGCAAGUUGAACUGGUGCACAUCUGUGCAAAGUUCUAUGUCGAAACCAGUCAGUCAGUCAGUCAUGUGAAUUGUGAUGCAGAACGACACGAAUCUGAUAAUUUUUUGACGAAUGAAGCCAAAAAGCAUGAAUAUCAUCAUGACCAAAUAGAUUUACCAUUUCGAAGUAAUGAAUUACUGACAAAGAUUGUGAAUAAUGAAGUUAGAAAGAUUCAUCCGGCUACUUAUACAACACAUGAAAAAGAUCCUGUUCCAAAUUCAUUAACUUCAACAACUGAACAUCGAUUGCUGAACUUAGAAAGUCAAUUAAACUCUUUAAUUACUUUACAGUUAUUAAGGAUUCAUCAAACAGAACCUGAUCAAUCUAGACUUUCUUGUAAUACACAUCAAGCAACAUUGGAAAAUUGUAGUAAAGAUAAUCCAACAAAUGUUACUUGUCAACAAAAUGAAUCUAACCCUUGCAAUGGAAAUAAUUCACUUGUAGAAACACAUACAGAGUCACUACAACACAUUCCAGAAAAGGAGAUCUCCAACAGGAAACAUCCUACAGAAUCGAAAACGCAAUCUGAUAAUGUAACUUCUCAACAAACAAACGAUCAGUCAUUUCAUCAUCACCAUUAUUCCUGCGUGAAAUCUCAUAAGACAUCAACGAACAAUAUUCAACGAUCAGCUAAGCCAAUUCAAAAUGUAGACAAUGCUUUAUCUAAAACAAGGAGAGUAACCGUCGAUGAAAAUCCACCUGGUGCUCCAAUAAAGUUAACAUCACAGGCUUCCAGAAAAAUGGUUCAUCAAAAUACUAAUGAUAAGAAAACUAAACAAGAUACACUAAGAAAAUUGAACUCCAGUCGAUCAAAUAGUCUAGAUGUUCAUUGUAAGAGUGUUCAAGUUGGUGAACAAUAUAUUCCUGGUCAUAUAACAAAUAAUUCUGCCCUGAUGAAAGUACAGUCAUCAAGUGAUCAUGACAAAAGUGAUAAAUCAUUUGGGAAAAUUCUCAAGGAGCUUGAUAGAGAAAAAAUGCAGAGAAAACAAGUUGAACAGUUGUGUCAACAAUUGGUUAAUAGAAUACGUGAACUAGAAACUUCUGCGAUUGACGAAACCGAAGCACUGAAAGUUACCGAAGAUUUAAAACAAGCAUUCACUGCAGAACGUCAUGAAAAGUUAGCAAUACAAUUACAGUUGAGUGAAAUGGAAAAAAAAUUUAAUGAAGUCUGUCAAGCUGCUGAAAAUCUGCGUAUUAAAGAAGAUACAGCAAAAAGUCUUUAUCAACAAGAGAUUGAUAAUUUAAACAAAUUACUAGCUGAAGCACGUAAAGAUUACAAAGAUCUGCUGUUAAGAGCAGAGAAAGCUGAACAAAAGCUGGAUAAAACUCAAUGUCUAUUACGUAAUCGUGAAUUGGAGUAUAAUCAAGAAUUGAAUAAUCGUUAUAAAUUGGAUAGUCCAGAGUUGACUAAAUUAAUCUCGGAUAAGAUUGAUUUAGUACAAACACGUAAUCUACAAACUGUUGAAGCAUUACAAGAAAAAUUAACUGAAAGCGCUCAACGUUAUACAGCACUUGAAGAUGAAUUUCGAAUGGCAUUAAGAAUAGAAGCAGAACGAUAUGAGACAUUAUUUAAGACAUCAGAAUUAUGCAAAGAAGAACUGAGUGGAACACAAUCACAAUUAAAAGAAAGAAUCGAACGUGAAGAAUCUACACGUCAUUUGAUUGAAGAAUUGAAUACAGUGAUCAAAGAACAAAAAUCGAAAUACACAAGUCAACAGAAAGCUAAUUUAUUAUUGCAGCAUAACUUAAAGGAACGUAUUGCAACCUUGGAAGCUCAUUUAGAAGAAGCUCGAACACGUAUUACAAAUCAUGAAAAUUUACGAAAGGAGAUUAAACAACAGAAAGCAGAAAUGGCAGCUCAAGAAUCCAUUAUAGCUGGUUUAAGAGCAGAAAGACGGAAUUGGAGUGAAGAAUUGGCUAAACAAGGAUCAGCUUUAGCUCAGGAUCGUGGACGUUUAGAGGCUAAAAUUGAAGCUCAAGAGUUAGAGAUUGCUAGUCUCAAAAAGUCAUUAGAGAGUGAAAGCGACUCAGUUAAAAUUAAAAAUAAAAUAAUUGACGAUCAGACAGAUACGAUAUUAAACUUAAAGAAGUGUAUUCAAGAGAAUCAAGCUGAAAUAAAACGUCUUCAAAAUGAUGCUAUACAAAAUCAUCGAAGUUUAGAAAAUCAAUUGAGUCAAAAAGUUAAAGAAAAUACAGAAAUGAAUGAUGAAAUAAAACAUCUUGUUAAGCGUAAAGAAGACUUAAAACAACUGGUAUCUGAGCUACACUCAAAAGUUGAUGAGUUACAAGAACAAAAUGAUUCCAUGUCUCAACGUUGGCGUGAUCGUUCAAGUUUAAUAGAUAAAUUAGAAAAACAAGUAGAACAAAUGCGUCACAAUUGGGAUGAAGAACAGAAACGAUUAAUCAACGAAAGAGAUACAGCACAACAGCAAGUCAGUACACUACACUCAAAAAUGGAAAGUAUGGAUGAAGGUUUCCGGCAACAGUUAUUAGCUGUGGAAGAAAUGAAGGAAAUUGCAGUUAACAAUGCACGAAAGGAAGCUGGUCAGUUGCGUAUUGCAUGUGAAUCACGUGUAGCUGAAGUAGAAUCAGAAAUGCGUGCAGUUCUUCUAGAAGCUGAAACGACAAAACAAGCAAUGGAGGAGAGACUCAGGUCUAUAUCAAUCGCCCUAUGUAACCCAGUGCUACCGGAUUACAAUGUUUUACAACCCCAAUAUAUGAGAAAGGGAGAAUAUGUGAAGUCAAACUUCAACAUGUUAAAUGAACCUGCCUUAUGGCAUAAUAAUAAUAAUAAUCCACCGGUCGAAAUCCCCGUUAAACAAUAUUCUCAGGGUUAUAAUUUGAUAGAUUCAAACUCUUGAUUGAUUGUAAAAAUUUCCUCUUACUAAUUUUAAUUGUAAGCUAAUUACUAGUAAAAUCACAAUGUUUUUAUGUGUCUUCACUAAUAUAUACACGUUGUUAAUUGUGCACUUCGAGAACGAAGGCUUGUAUUAAUUAAAGAGUCGUUCCGUCUACACACUAAUCCGUUUCGAGACUAAAAUCAUGGCAAGCACAUCCCAAGGAGUUAAAUAUACAGCGAGUGGGUUUCAAAAGACCACAACUAUUAGGAAGAGGCAAUGUUACUUUGUCAUACGCGUAAGGAAAACACUACAGAAUAACAUCAAUUGGAUUCUUAUAGUACAUCAAAUCAACGGUUUUGAACCCAUCUCAGGUGGAUAGUGAUGCGAAGUAGGCACGUUUCGUUCCGUUUGAUAAAGACUUUUCCAAUAAGAAAACAUCUGAACA